CGACGUUUCCCCCUCCUCUUUCUCCCGAUUAAGCGGCCCUACUCUGUUCAUUGUGGCGUCAAGGUCGGUCAGCGAGCGUCCCCCAGCCUGACAUCGAGCCGUUCUUCCCCCACUGCCAUAUUCAGCGCCUCUCACCAUGUUUCAGAUGUUCGGUGCGAAGGGCGCCGACAAGGGGGCCUCGCCUGGCAAGGUGCGAUCCGAGAAAGUGCUGCCUGCCAACUUCGAGGCUCCCAAGAUUCGACUGGGUGCGAGCGGGAAGGCCGGAGGGGGGAUUCCGAAGCUGCCUCCUGCGGCGGCUCGGAGGCAGUCUCAGCCGACAUCGGUGGAACAGGGACUGCUGAGGCCCGCCUCGGUAGAGCCACAGGUAAGAGACACGAGAUGACCAUCCAAACUUGUUAAUGAGGUGAAAAAUUGGAACUUGCCUCAGGGUGCUUCCCCCUCCACGAGCCGUUCCGAAGCACCCUCCCCAUCCGUCCCCCCAUCCUUCCACGCGCCAUCACAGCCCACGGCCCAGGGCUCGCUCUCCCAGAGGCUACGGGAGGGUGGUCUCAAGAUGAACAGAGCAACGACACUGACGGCCCUGGGCGCCUCGCCCUUAUCCGUGAGUGGGGGUGCUGAGGACGCGGCUGUCCGUCUGCAACCCAAGGCAGUCCCCAGCAUUCAGACGUCGGGUGUCAAGCAGGAGGGCAGGGGGGUCGUCAUCAAGAGCCCACGGACCUUUUCGCUUGUACGACCAGGUGAGGGCUCUCGUGCGAAUAUUUUCGCUCAUCUUUGUGCAUGUCUCUCUCUCUCUUUCUGUCUCUGUCUCUUCCCCUCAUGCACACUACCCACAGGUGAGGCGCCUGUGGUUGCGUCUCCGGCAAGCCAUUACUCCAGCUCCACCGACCCUCGCCGAUCGAGUGCCUAUGACUCCACCACAAGGUCCGAGGCAGAGAGGAGAGUGUCCUCCUUCUACUGGGCCCCUGGAGCGCGACAGACCUCGCCCACGGCACUGCAGCACUUUCAGGAGCCAAGCUUUCAGCUGCCUGGUGCUCCACAAGACAUGCGGGGUACGGCGCCCCCGCGAAUGGGCAGUUUCCCCGCCAUGGCUCCCGUGAUGGGCAUGCCGCAUGGCGGCUCGCCCAGUGGCGUACAGGCCGUUGGCGUGACUGCUGUCGGCUCCUUGUCGCCCUUGGGGGCCACCAUGAUGAGCACUCAGGGGUUUCCGAUGGCGGCAAUGCCAUAUGACGCACGCAGAGGUGAGGGAGGCUGCACUACAGAGACUCUGAAUGUGUUCCUUGGCUCGCACCGGGCGGGUGUGCAGUGUCGAUUGGUCAAAUGACGGUGACGCCCGACCGGAUCAUCUCCCAGCUAGAGGAGGAAAUACGGAGGAAGGUGAGAAGGACAACUUCACAACAGCGACGGAUGCCUAUGAGUGACGGACAUCCAUGCCUUGCUCCCCCAUUUGAUCCGAUCCAUCAGAGUGAGGUCAUAGUGGAUUUGCAGGAGUCGCUGCGCCGAUACACGUUCGCGCGGACCCAGUCAUCCAUGGGGGCGGAGGAGCCAUCGCCCUCCAUGCGCAAGGACCAUCGACUCAACAGGGUAAGCAAUACCGCUGACGAAAGCCGUGGGUCAUGUGUAGUGUCUCCUUCUCUGUCUGUAUGUCAGAGCCAGCAGAUGAAGUAUGAGCAGGAGUGGGAUGAUAUGGUUGAGGAGAUCACGGCGCUCAGGACGGUACCCAUCCACACACGCAGACAGAGACACUCAUGCGUAUCUCGCUGUGACCGAUCGACGUGGUCUUUCUUUCGUCAGGAGCUGGAGAGGGCUCGCAACGAGCUUGACAGGAGCAAGCAGGUCACGGCGAGGACAGAGACACAUUGGCAGGGACAGAUGGAGGGUCUCAAGAAGGUCAGCAUCAAACAAGCACGCACACAUUCAAAUGUUUGGUGCUGCCUUGCGCUCGCUGCUUUGACUGCAGGAGAUCGAGACUGCAAAGGUCCGUGAGGAGAUGUUGCAGCGGGAGUGCCGCAAGCUCAAGGAAGAAAUGACCACGCAGCGACAAUCAAUCGUACCACACAUACACAAUACACACUGACUGCAUGACACCCGUUUGUGUGUCUGUGUGCGCAGGACCGUCAGGCGUCCAUGGGUAUUGCAAGCACACUGCCGAAGCCAGUCAAGGUGGAGAUGCCCAAGGAAACUCCACGAGACGCGAAAGCGAGGUGCAUUGCCUCAAACACGCCUCUCUCGACUGUUCAUUCGGACACGAUGUGCAUUUAUUUGCGUUUGUCAGGCUCGAGCGAGCGCUGGAGGACAAUGCCGCCCUCCAGUCACGCCUACUUGACUUUGAGCGGCAGGUGGCCAAGCUGGAGGACGAACGAAGGCACCUCGACAAAGAAAAGGUCAGAAAGGCCAACACAGAGAGGGCUGAGAGACGAGCACACAUUACCUUCUGUCGUCUUUCUUCAGAAUGAGUUGAAGGAUCUGCUGGACGCCGCCCGCUCCCUCACACACCGCGGCGUAUCUGUCACAUCAACAGCCGGCCAUGUGCCACGUAAGACACGACCCUUUGCUUCUUAACUGACGGCAUUCUAUUCUUCCUCUGCCCUUUUCAAUGCUCUUCAGAUGGUAUAGCGGAGUCCAAGAGCGUCUCGCAGAGUGCAUCGCAGACGCCCUACGCCACGCUCAUCCCACGCGACCUCUCACUCACAGCCGAGCUUGAGACGGCCCGCAGAGGAUCCCAAUCACAAGCGACAGACAGAGGCCGCAGCCCCCACCAGAGCUUCCUCUCCACAGGCUCAGCCGCAGAUGCAGCUCUGGAGGCCACGACCCCCAAGCGUGUGAGCAUCACCGUGCCUGAUGUGGCCAGAGCUGAGACAGGGUCACCCUCCCGGAGGGCGGAUGCUGGCGAACAGGGGGUGACGCCCAGGGAUUUGAAGCUAUUCUUCUUGAGUGUGGCAAGCAGUGUGUUUGGCAGAGACCUCGAGGAGGGGGAGCUCGAGGGAGGAGAAGACGCAGGGGGAGCAAAAAAGGUGAGACAUGGAGGGGCAUCCAUUGCGAAUCUGUUUCUUCCCUUCCAUCAGGUUACUCCCAAGCCCUCCAAGCCUGCGGUUCCAAGGUUGGAUUUCGCCAAGAUCCAGCCUAGACCGGAGACCCACGAGUCCGUCCUGCGCCGUGUCAGAGAGCAUGCCACGCCAUCAGCGCUCGGCAGCCGCCGCAAGGCGCCGCACACCACUCGGCACGCCCGGCCGCUGCUUGUUGGCCAGGACACUGCCCGCUCCCUCGCCUCCACGCUGCCGCUGCUCUUCAGAGACCGCCUGCGCUCGCUGUCGAUGGGCACGAUGGAGGGCGCUGAGGAGGACACGUCGUCGCGGGCCUACACCUCUCGACAGCAUAGCGAACUCACCAAUAUAUCGUCCCCGCGUCUCAACGAGCAGCUGUACGUCCUGGAGGCGCUGCACGCCAAGCUGGACGACAUGCGGGAGGCGGAGGAGGUCAUCAUCCGCAAAGAGGGGGUGGCGGGGAUGGCGGGUAUGGCUGGGGAGGAGGGCCGCCCCCUGACAUUCGCAGAGACACUGCGUCAGCUGCUGGCCGAGAACGAGUCCCUCAAGAACAGGCUGGAGCAGCUGAGCAGAAAGAAGAGACCCUCCAUCAGUGUGCCGCCCGAACCAAGGAAACCAGAACCAGAGGAGAAGCCGGAACGCCCGGCCGUGCCGUACGAUGCCGAGAAGCGGCUGCUGCGUCGCCAGGUGGAGUUGCUGCUGGAGGAGAUGGGCGAACUCAAGGCACAAACGGACCGAUCCAGACCGAGAACCUUCUUUGUGCCCCGCUCACAGGGGCCGAUGCCUGCAGCCUUCGCCACCCCGCCUCCACCAGCCACCACGUCCAUCCCCCCAUUGCCGAUGUUGCCGCAUGCCCAGUCACCGCUGAGGCCGCUCAUGCGUCCCCUGCCCUCACCCGAGAGAUACGAGAGACACUCGUGUCAGCGGGUAUGCUGCCCGAGGGAGCCUCACAAGGCAGUGGUGAUGCUCCCGCCUCGCUUUGCAUCCCCAUUGACGGCCCGGCUGGCGGCGCCGCAGCACCAGCCACUGCCGCAGCAGGGCGAGCAGCACGAGGUCGAGAGGAGCAGGGCGAGCAAGUGCUGCGGGCGGCAAUCUUCGAGGGCGAGACAGGGCAAGUGGGACAAUACAGUACGAAGGGGCUCAGAGGGAGUCGUGAGGGAAAGGUGGGUGGGGGACCUGAAGAGGGUCCGUCGGUCGUCGUGUGGAUGGAAAUAAGCCAUUCUGUAUCUAGGCAGACGUACACACACUUUGUCGUUUUUCUCUGAGUCGUGUGGAAAUGAAGAAAU